UCUCUCUGCCCGCAAAAUCUGCCAUUGUCUUCCCUGUUUGUGUGUAUGUGUAUGCCGCUUUCUUUGCGCUCCUGCCCUGUGUGCAAUUCACAUACAUACACACGCGGUAAGUGAAAACAUACAUACAUGUAUAUCGCCGCAAAGUACAGUCGCCGCUAAUGGUGAAAACUGGCUGUGCGAAAUAAGGCAGAGAGAGCAAGAGAGAGAGAGAAGGCGGGUUGGGGUGGCAACUUACAAACUCCGCCGGUUGCACUUGGCAACAAGUCGACAAUCGACUCCAAUUGAGGGUCAAGGUCAGCGCUCGCGCAUCAGCUGCUGCGCGCAUGUGUGACGUCGACGGCGGGGCUCCGCGAAAGCUGCGCUCCAAGUUUCUGUUUCUGGAGCUGCAAGAAGACCAGAUCGCGAAGUGGUUUCGGCGGUUCGCAAGCCGGUUUGUCCUCUUUUUCGCGGUUCACUAUAUUUUAUUGCGGUCCGAUCGCGGGCCUUAUAAAAUAAUCGCUGCAUUUACUUAGGCCUACGAGGGGAGUUUCACAUGUUCUGAAAACGAUUGCCAACUUUGGUCGCAUUUAGUAGGGAAAACUAUUAGUUUUCAACUAGUCAAUUUUAUAGUUACUACUUCUAAGUACCCAAAGUAUGUAUAUUAUGUUAGAGCUUAGCUAAAAAUUGGAAUCUUAUAAAUAAAACAAAAUUGCAUUUAUAUUUUCAUACAUUUAUAAGUUUUAAGUACUGAAUUAAAGAUAGCUUGGGAAUAAAGAUAGUUUGGAAACAAAUAAAAUUAUUAACCAAAAGACACAAGAAAAAUGCAAAUAUUAUUUAGGGUUGGUUUUACAAUAUUAUUAUAAGUAACAGUAUUUUUGUCAAAAAGCUUUUCUAUAAAAUUCAAUACAUUUGACAACUUUUGACUUUUCUAUUACAAAAUAUAAAUCUGAACCAAAACUGCUUUUGGAAGCAUUUUCUACAAAAUUUCUAUUUGUAAAAAAAAAUAUAAAUAUGCCUAAUAGUAAGGGUUCUGACUGCACGUGUCGUUUGGCCAAAGAGGUGUGCCUGCUAAAAGCUGUUGUGAAUGCCCAGAGCAAGACGCUCUCCAAGUUGGUCCGACAGUUGAAGGAUGGAUGCCGAAAGGAUGAGGAGCCCAAAGAAUCCACUCUGUGCGGCCUGAAUCCUUGUCUGAAGUGCUUGCAGCCCGACAUACUUUAUCACCUGGGGCUUGACACGGAGACCACUGAUUUUCCCAAGGUGUUCGGCGAUGUCCGGUUCGUUUGCAUGGGGGGUACACCGGGGCGGAUGGAGAAUUUUGCCUACUACUUGAUGCAGGAGAUCGGCCUUAAGAUAAAUGCAGCAACCAAGCUACGGGACAUGGCUGAGGGGGGCAGGCGAUUCUCCAUGUUCAAGGUGGGACCUGUGCUCUGCGCCAGCCAUGGAAUGGGCUGUCCCUCAAUCUCCAUCCUGCUGCACGAACUUAUCAAGACAAUGCAUCACGCCAAGUGCCAGGAUCCCGUCUUCAUCCGAAUUGGAACCUGCGGUGGCAUUGGCGUCGAUCCCGGAACCGUGGUCAUCUCCUCCGAGGCGGUGGAUGGUCGGCUCAAUCCCGCCCACGAGAUUCUGGUACAGGGCAUCAGUGUCCAACAUGCUAGCCAGCUGGACGAGGGUCUGGCUGAAGAAAUCAAGUCGUGUCACGAUCCCUGCACGGACAACCAUGAAGUCAUCAUCGGUCGAACGCUGUGUACCCAGGACUUCUACGAGGGUCAGGCUCGAUUGGAUGGCGCCUUUUGCGAAUACACACUCGAAGCGAAAAAGACCUACUUGGAGGAGCUGCAGAACCAGCAGGUCAAAAACAUCGAAAUGGAGAGCCUGGCCUUUGCCGCCCUCACCAGUCGGGCCAAUAUAAGGAGCGCAGUGGUCUGCGUGGCUAUACUAAAUCGCCUCAAUGGAGAUCAGAUUAAAACACCGCAUGAGGUUUUGGCCAAAUGGGAGAAGCGACCGCAGGUGCUAGUUGCUCGCUACAUACGGAAAAUUCUUUACUUCAACGAAAAUGAUUCCGACUCGGAGCCACUUGAAGAGGAGGAGUGUGAAGAAACGCCAGAGAAGACCAGGGCUUCACAAGGCGGUGCUGGAGACACCCAAAAGGCGCCCGAAGUGGAGGCUGAAUAAUAAUCCUGGAUUGGAAAUUAAUAUCACUACUCUAUGUCGACUUGUGUAAACGAAUAAUCAUUAAAAUCCUUAAUCCGUAUUAAAUCUCUA